AUCUAUCUUAUUAUUAUUUGAGGCUGAGAAAAUUAACGCAAAUAAAUAAUUUAUUACAGAAAUAUAAAUAAACAGAACUCAAAAUCGAGUAGGCGUCAUUCUUAUGAUCAGCUGAUGCUCUCAAUUUUACAAAUGUCGCCAGUACUUUAAAUAUAAUUUUACACUCUUUACGUAAUAUGUUUAUAAAAGCGAUUUCGACGACUAUAAGUUUAAUCUGCGACUAAUCGCACAAUUAAACAGUUGCAUUAUUGUCUAUACAAGUGCAAGAGCCAAUAUUAGACAACAGUAAUAUUCGCCGACAAUGUUAUGUACUAUACUAUGAAGGCAAUAUUUGUUAUUGCGACAUUGAUAACCUGUGUAUUAGCAUUAGAAGAGGAAUUAUUGCACUAUGUUAGUGACGAUGUACCCGGUGGUUCCUACAAAUAUUACAGCUUGACAUACGACGGUUAUAUUAAAAUACGGUUGACAUCACUAACAGGUGAUGCAGAUUUAUAUGCAUCACAAACUACAACUAAACCAACGUAUGAACCAGAUCAUUAUUGUUUGCAAUCGACAACUUGUGGGGAAGAUAUUAUUUUUAUUCCCAAAAGCUUUAAACGACCUGUGAGUAUUGGUGUUUAUGGCCAUCCAUCACAUGAAAUUAGUAAAUAUACUCUUUUGGUAUCGGAGUUAAUUAUUGAAGACGACACCGUACCAUACGAUAAUUGGAAUUUAUCAAGAAACAUGUUGGAAUAUGAAAAUCAAAUCUUCCUUGAAAUCAUCCAAGAGGAUGGAUUAGUUAUUACAGCUAAGGGUCUUGGUAUAGAAACUGUUUUUGCUAAUGUAAUAAAAGCUUAUUUGGAUCCAGGCAACUUAGUUAUAAUCCUAGGAACCACUGAUCAUGAUGAGCGUUACUUUAUUGAUCUGCUUAAAAAUUAUGGUACUAAUACUUUGCCACAUGUUAUCAAUGCUGAAUGUACUUCUAAUGAAAGGGAAAUAAUGUAUUUGGAGGGUGGAGUGCUGUUUAUAUCAGGUCGUAUUUUGGUGGUAGACUUAUUAAAGAACAGAGUUCCAUUGCACUUAGUCACUGGUAUUCUUGUGUACAGAGCGCACAAUAUUCUUAAUGCAUAUCAAGAAGCAUUUGCGCUGCGUUUGUACAGACAAAAUAAUAAGACUGGAUUUAUCAAAGCGUUUACAAAUUCAUCAUUGGCUUUUACAGUUGGAUAUUCACAAGUAGAACGAGUUAUGAAAGCCUUAUUUGUAAAAAAAUUAUAUUUAUGGCCGCGCUUUCAUACAAUUGUUAAUAAUUGUUUGUCUCAACAUGAACCUGAUGUUAUCGAAUUACAUGUACAAAUCACACCAAAAAUGCAAAACAUCCAAACAGCUUUGCUUGAUGUUAUGAAUUAUAUUGUAAAAGAAUUGAAGAGACUUAAUAAAUAUCUAGAUUUAGAAGAAUUAACUGUGGAGAAUGCAAUAGCAAAGAAGUUUCACAAACAAUUACAUUUGCAAUUAGAUCCGAUCUGGCAUCAACUUAGUACAACAACCAAACAAUUGUUUUCUGAUUUAAAAACCUUGCGAUCUCUUAUUAUAUCUUUAACAUAUGAAGAUUCAGUUUCAUUCUAUGCUAUGUUGAAUCGUUUACGGACUAUGGAAUAUGCCGUGAAAGCCAGUGGCUGGAUAAUGUUGGAUGAAGUUGAAAAUUUAUUUAAGUAUGCCAGAAGCAGAGUUUAUACAGAUAAAGACGAACUAAAGCCAGAACCAAAUCCAAAAUGGUUAGCUUUGUCAGAAGUUUUAUCUGAGAUUCAAGAACAAAAAUAUAAAAAGAAAGACAGUGAAAAUAUUAAUAAAGUUCUUAUCUUAGUUCAUGAUAACAAUAUAUGCAAACAAUUAAAGAAUUAUUUAACUAUGGGUGCAAAUAAAUAUUUAUUUUAUGAAGCCUUAAAAAAAUUGUCACAUAAUAAAGAACAAAAACCAAAUGGCAAUAAUGGUAAAAACAUCAAAGAAGAGCAACAAUCAACAUCUGAAAAUAAUACAGAUGAAGAUACACAAAAUGAUCAAGACAUUUAUGUACUCACUUUGACACAAAAAUGCAUAGAAGAAACUGAACCAAGUACUUCCACAGAAGAUAUAAAACAUCAGACAUUAUUUGAGGAAUGCUCACAAUUGGCAGAUUUAGAUGUAACCAAUUGCGCGACAUCCGCACCCAUUGUUUUCAUACAAGCUAUAAAGAAAGGAGGAGAUUCGAUGGCUUUACAGCGAGCGUUAACUGAGCAUACGCCGAACAAUGUUAUUUUAUACGUAGCCGAUAUCGGUACUGUGAGACAAUUAGAAGUUUAUCAAAAUAAUAAUCCGUCAUUAAAUUUGAAAGUAUAUUUUUUAAUUUAUGGCGGAUCCGUCGAGGAACAAGAAUAUCUUACUUCUUUACGCCGGGAAAAAGAAGCAUUUCACUCUUUGAUUAAUACGAAAAGUACCAUGGUUGUGCCAGAAGAUCAAGAUGGAAAAUCGGAAGAUUGUCUGGCUCUUGCAGUUCAAUCAAAUAACACAAAUGAAGAAAAUACACGUAAAGGCGGAAUACAAUCCGAAACAAAAAUAAUUCAAAAAGUUAUUGUUGACAUGAGAGAAUUCAGAAGUGAAUUACCUGCUAUUUUGUAUACACGCGGUCUAAAAGUUGAGCCAGUAACAUUAGUGGUGGGUGACUAUAUUCUUACACCAGAAAUAUGUAUAGAAAGGAAAAGUAUAUCUGAUUUGAUUGGUUCCUUGUUUUCUGGAAGAUUAUAUAAUCAAGCAGUUGCUAUGACAAGGCAUUAUGCCAAACCCAUGCUCCUCAUAGAAUUUGAUCAGAAUAAACCAUUCUGUUUUCAGGGAAAUUAUUAUGUUAGCAGAGACCUUAAAAAUACUGAAAUAACAGCAAAGUUGCAAUUACUAACACUUCAUUUUCCUAAACUAAAACUUAUUUGGUCUCCUAGUCCACACGCUACAGCACAAUUAUUUGAAGAAUUAAAGCAAGGACGAGAUCAACCUGAUCCAAAUAUAGCUGCUAAAAUUGGAGCAGAUGAAAAUACAGAAAAUAAACAAUUAAUGGUAGAAAAAUAUAACUCUAAUAUCCAAGAUUUUAUGGCUAAAUUACCUGGUGUGCAUUCAAAAAAUCUGCGUAUUCUAUUAAAUAAAGGACAAUCAUUAAGUCAUCUUAUAAAGUUUACACAAGAAGAACUAAAAGAAAUACUUGGAAAUACAAAUGAUGCUGAAAUGUUAUACAAAGCUCUGCACGAAAAAUGUUCAUCAACAGAUGAAAAAUCAUUAACUAACAAGGGUGCUUCUAAAGUGCGUGGUAAGAAACUUUUCUCCAAAAUAAAAAAAUGAUGUGGAUAAUAUGUUCGUGAUAAAUAUUUGUUAGAGGAAGAUUUUUCAAGUAUUGAUAUAUGAAAUGAAAAUAUGUUAUUAUGUCAGUGAUAAUUGUAUACAUGUUUUGAUUUCAUAAAUAUAUGUGUUUUGAUAAAACAAAA